GUCGUGUCCGUCAUGAGAACUAGGUCGACAGAAUAGUCAAUGUCUAAUUUUUUGGAUUGUUCGAGCAGUAAUUUGCUGGCAUAGAAUUAGAAUUUCAGUAAAGUUUAACAAAAAUCGGAUGUAUAAUGAAUACUUCUUAAUAAAACGUCAUCGCAGGGAGUUAAACAUCGGAGCAGACGGAGCUAGAAUUAGACAUAUGGCAAAAGACAGCAGCUGAGAUGGCUGAUAAACAUAGUUUAAACUAUGAUGUGAGGGAGCUGAAACUAGGCAGUAGCUUUACCAACAAUAAAACAUCUCAGUAUCAUACAAUAAAAUAUGAUUUCAAGCCAGCAUCAGUGGAUGUCAACAAAAUGGCUACAGUAGAUGUGGGAACUAAUAAUCAAGUCACUGUGACUGUGCCCCAUUUAGAUGGAGCUGGAGUACCUCAGACAGUAUUCAAAGGUAGCCAAAGGCCUUACACAAAGGAAUGUGUACUCAUAAUAGACAGGGUCACCGGAGAGAUCACUUUAGAGAAGCUCUCCAGCAAUAUACAAGUUAAAAAAACCAGACAAGAGACGGCACAGAAGCCGCGGCCGCUGACUCCCGUCACCACAGACUUCACCAACACGACGCAGCGCUCCAGUUCUCGUACCAGAGUCGCUACAAACAGGCGCACCAAUAAUAAUUCCAAUGUGAAUGGUGGUCAAGCCACCAGUCAGUCCCGGUUCAACAACAAUGCGCCGAAGCCCCAGAACAUGGUGCGCUCGCCCUCCAGAGUCAAAACAUCGCCGCCGCAAGCUCCUUGGUCAGCGGGCGGCAACAGUACAUUAGCGUCGUUGCCCAUGAUAGGGUUAGACGAUGCGCCCGCGCCCCUCGCGCCCCCCGCGCCCCCCGCGCCCACCGCCUCUCUCCCGCCCGUCACACAGCACGUGCCCCACGUGCCCCCCGCGCAGCACGUGCCCCACGUGCCCCCCGCACAGCACGUGCCUCACGUGCCCCCCGCACAGCACAUGCCUCACGCGGGACACGCCGCCCACGCGCAGCAUAUGCACGCCCCGCCCCCUGCGCUCGCGCAGCCGCCUUCUUCGGCGGCCUCUCAGGACGACAGCUCGUCCAGCUCGUCUAGUGACAGUGACAGCGAUAGUGGCAGUGGUAGUGACAGCGAUGACAACGAAUCCCCCGCGCACCCCCGCACACACCACCCUCCCACCACCAAUGGUACAGUGGUCAAUCCGGCAUUGCCGAGCGUUCUCAACGACGAUCUCUGUCUAUCCGAGUCCGGGAGCGACUCGGACUGACCGCCGCUCACUCACUCACUCACUCAUUCAUUCACGACUCUAUGGAUUCUUACAUCGCCCUAAAACUUGGCAAGAGUAUACAUACAUACAACCAUACAUACAACUUUCAUAUCACACUUCAAAAUUAAUAAAAAGAUGUCAAGGUCGAUCGUCUGUCGUAAAUUUGUACGAACAAGAAAUACGUAUCCUUUUAUUAACUUUAUAUCGAGUUUAUGGCGAGUCGGUGCCGGGUGAGUGCGCUACAACCUUAAACUCUCCUGUAAUCAAAAUCAAACCUUUAGAUAGACCAGACAGUUACAAUAGACCGACAAGAAUAUCUAAUCAGAUGGGAAUAAGUCAAAAUAAAUUCUGUCAGCACACUAGCGCCCCUAUCUCAAUGUCAAAAAAGCGUCACAAGAUCCUUUUGGUAGCUGUCAUGUCAUGUUUUUUUUCUUUUAUUCUCUCUGACAGACCUAACCGCAACGGCAACGGCUCACACCAGCUCAGAUAAAAAAAAAAACUUUAAGAUUAAUUGAAAUCUGAAUUUGUGGUCAAAAAAGAGACUCUCGUCAAGUUUCAAGGUGUACGGACUUAAGUGACUAUGACAAGAAUACUAUGUCGUUAUAUGAUAUUAAAAUGACGUCAUAAUAAGUAAAAUGUGCCUCAAAAGAAUAGAGAUAUAUUU